AUGCUGAGUUCAGAUCUGCUGCUUGCGCACGAUGACCCGACACUGCCGAUCAUCUUUGUUGCAGGCGCCUCCAAUCAUGGCGUAGGUGCUGCCAUUUCGCAUACUUUUCCCGACGGGUUCGAAAAGGUGAUCGUGCACGCAUCACGACCUUUAACCCGUGCGGAGACGAACUAUGAUCAAAUCGAGAAAGAAGCAUUGGCCAUCAUCUUUGCCGUAAAAAAAUUCCACAAGCUGCUCUACGGUCACCAUUUCACGCUGUUGACCGAUCAUAAGCCGUUGCUGUCAAUGUUCGAUUUGAAGGCGGGCAUCCCAGACGGAGUGCGCCGUCAGCUUUCGGAUGCCAUACGAGGCAUUCCUGUAACUGCCGCCGACAUCCGACGCGCUACCGAACAGGAUCCAGUGCUUCGACAGUUGGCCAGUUGUCCAACCACUGCUCGCACUGGCGAUCUUCACCAGCUCUUCGUGCAUCGGGGGUCGCUGUCUGUGGUUGAUUCCUGGCUUAUGUUUGCAGACCGUGUAGCCAUUCCUCCUUCCUUUCGGCCUGUUGUACUACGGCAGGUUCCUGCUGCUCAUCCUGAGAAGAAUUACUCAAUUUUGAAAGUAAACCAUCGCGUCACACCGGACUACAUUAUUUUAACUCCAGUUUCCAAAACGAAACUUCCCACCGGAAUUCUCCUGGAAACUGAAGAUGGAGGAGAAGAGAACAUUCUUCUGCUUACGGGACAUAUAAACCAAACAGAAGUAAAGGGAACCAUUACCACUGAGAAAGGUGAACAGUCCUUUGCUCUCGUUCCACAGGCCGGCGCUACUAAGACAGACCUGGUCCGAAUAGCUUUCAAUGUAUCAUCAACCUCCCAAAAACCUACUCCGCCUACCUCCACGCCGCCUUCCCCAUCGGAUCCAGAUUCCACAUCUACCUCGGACGCCUCCAAAGGUCUUGUUUAUAUUCCUCUACUUUUUUUAAUUAUUGCAAACCUUUAA